AUGAGGCUGUCCUUGGCGCCCCGGCGCCCGGCGCUGCUGGCCCUGGCGCUGCCCCUCGCCGUGGCGCUGGCCUUCUCCGACGAGACCUUGGACAAAGUGGCCAAGUCGGAGGGCUAUUGCAGCCGCAUCCUGCGCGCCCAGGGCACGCGGCGCGAGGGCUACACCGAGUUCAGCCUCCGCGUGGAGGGCGAUCCCGAGUCCUACAAGCCGGGAAGCAGCUACCGAGUGACGCUUUCCGCUGCCCCACCUUCCUACUUCAGAGGCUUCACGUUAAUUGCCCUCAAGGAGAACAGAGAGGGUGAUAAGGAAGAGGACCAUGCUGGUACCUUCCAGAUCAUAGAUGAAGAAGAAACCCAAUUUAUGAGUAACUGCCCUGUGGCAGUCACAGAAAGCACCCCCCGGAGGAGGACACGGAUCCAGGUGUUUUGGAUAGCACCACCCGCAGGAACAGGCUGUGUGAUUUUAAAGGCCAGCAUUGUACAGAAGCGCAUUAUUUAUUUUCAAGAUGAGGGCUCUCUGACCAAGAAACUUUGUGAACAAGACUCCACAUUUGAUGGGGUGACUGACAAACCAAUCUUAGACUGCUGCGCGUGUGGAACCGCCAAGUAUAGACUCACAUUUUAUGGGAAUUGGUCGGAGAAGACACAUCCAAAGGAUUACCCUCGUCGGGCCAAUCAUUGGUCUGCAAUCAUUGGUGGAUCCCACUCUAAGAAUUAUGUGCUGUGGGAGUAUGGAGGAUACGCCAGUGAAGGUGUUAAACAAGUUGCCGAAUUGGGCUCGCCAGUGAAAAUGGAGGAAGAAAUUCGACAACAGAGUGAUGAGGUCCUCACUGUCAUCAAAGCCAAAGCCCAGUGGCCAGCCUGGCAGCCUCUCAACGUGAGAGCAGCACCCUCAGCUGAAUUUUCAGUGGACAGGACACGCCACUUAAUGUCCUUCCUGACCAUGAUGGGCCCGAGUCCUGACUGGAACGUGGGCUUAUCUGCGGAGGAUCUCUGCACCAAGGAAUGUGGCUGGGUCCAGAAGGUGGUGCAAGACCUGAUUCCCUGGGAUGCUGGCACCGACAGCGGGGUGACCUAUGAGUCACCAAACAAACCCACAAUUCCCCAGGAAAAAAUCCGGCCCCUGACCAGUCUGGACCAUCCCCAGAGUCCUUUCUACGACCCAGAGGGCGGGUCCAUCACUCAAGUAGCCAGAGUUGUCAUCGAGAGAAUCGCCCGGAAGGGGGAACAGUGCAAUAUUGUGCCUGACAAUGUUGAUGAUAUUGUAGCAGACCUGGCUCCAGAAGAAAAAGAUGAAGAUGACACCCCUGAAACCUGCAUCUACUCCAACUGGUCCCCAUGGUCGGCCUGCAGCUCCUCCACCUGUGAAAAGGGCAAGAGGAUGCGGCAGCGCAUGCUGAAGGCACAGCUGGACCUCAGUGUCCCCUGCCCAGAUACCCAGGACUUCCAGCCCUGCAUGGGCCCCGGCUGCAGUGAUGAAGAUGGCUCCACCUGCACCAUGUCCGAGUGGAUCAUCUGGUCGCCCUGCAGCAUCUCCUGUGGCACCGGCAUGCGGUCCCGGGAGAGGUAUGUGAAGCAGUUCCCAGAGGACGGCUCCGUGUGCACGCUGCCCACCGAGGAAACCGAGAAGUGCACGGUCAACGAGGAGUGCUCUCCCAGCAGCUGCCUGAUGACUGAGUGGGGCGAGUGGGACGAGUGCAGCGCCACCUGCGGGCUGGGCACGAGGAAGCGGCACCGCAUGGUCAAAAUGAGCCCGGCAGACGGCUCCAUGUGCAAGGCUGAGACCUCGCAGUCGGAGAAGUGCAUGAUGCCCGAAUGCCACACCAUCCCAUGCUUGCUGUCUCCAUGGUCCGAGUGGAGUGACUGCAGUGUGACCUGCGGGAAGGGCGUGAGGACCCGCCAGAGGCUGCUCAAGUCUCUGGCAGAACUCGGGGACUGCAAUGAGGAACUGGAGCAAGUGGAGAAGUGCAUGCUGCCUGAGUGCCCCAUCGACUGUGAACUCACCGAGUGGUCCCAGUGGUCAGAAUGUAACAAGUCAUGUGGGAAAGGCCACAUGAUUCGAACCCGGAUGAUCCAAAUGGAACCUCAGUUUGGAGGUGCACACUGUCCAGAGACCGUGCAACGCAAGAAGUGCCGUAUCCGGAAAUGCCUUAGAAAUCCAUCCGUCCAGAAGCUGCGCUGGAGGGAGGCCCGAGAGAGCCGAAGGAGUGAGCAGCUGCGGGAAGAGUCUGAUGGGGAGCAGUUCCCAGGCUGUAAGAUGCGUCCAUGGACCACCUGGUCAGAAUGCACCAAACUGUGUGGAGGUGGGAUUCAGGAACGCUAUAUGACUGUAAAGAAGCGGUUCAAAAGCUCCCAGUUUACCAGCUGCAAAGACAAGAAGGAGAUCAGAGCAUGCAACGUUCACCCUUGUUAGCGGGGAUACAAGUUCCCCAGGGCUUCAUUCCAGAUUCCACAGUCACCAAUGAUUGAGUGGUUUGCUUGUUUAAGACAACUUAAAUUGUGUCCACUAGUUUCCAUUUUUGCAGUAUGGUUUGCCCCAUAGUCUUGUGGAUGCCAGGGACAUCCUUUCUGAAUAUUUCUUGGUGGGCACGGCCAAGUAGGGAUCCCUCACCCUCAGCCAGCGCUCCUCCUGCAUAGAAGUAAGCAGUGUCAGCCAUCUUGUACUAAACUGAAGUGUGUCCCUCGGAGUAUCCACGUGGCGGGCGACCACAUCUGGAAAGGACUGCGUACCUGGGCCCCAGGGUGCAGCAGGUACACACCCACCAGAUGAAGAAAACACAUUCCUUUCUCUCUCAUCUUUGGCCAGGUCACUCUUGCAGAAAACUUGUUUGCCCAUCUCUUUUCACUUAAUGGAACUUCGGGUCUCUUGUUACAUCUCCUCAGUCAUCGUUACAUUCUUGGGGGAAAUGAUCAAGAGAAGCACGGAUGCUGGAUGGCUUUUAUUCUUAUACUGAAAAAUUCUGAAUGCAUUUAUCUCACCUCCUAAUACUGGUUCCUGGAACCCCAAAGGGAGAAAAACGAUGGCUGUUUCAUUUAAAUGUAACCAGUUCUUACACCAGAGAUAAAGGGAAAGUAAAUGCAGAAAGUAGUUUUUCCUUGUUUUUGUUUUCUGGUGCCGUAAUUCUCCUAGAAACAUAGCUUUAUGACCCUACCUUUCAGUAAUAGAUCCUUAUUGGAAACAAGGCAGCAAAAUUGGCCUACUGGUUCCAAGCCUGAAUUUUAAAAAUCUUCCAUACACAUCCAGACUUUUAAGUUUUCAAAUCAGUUUCUAACAAGCAAAUGCUAAGUCUGCCCAAAAUCUCCCAAACAUCAUUCCUUCAAAAAAAAAAAAUACUAUCUCUGUACUUAAAAAGUUAUUUUUAGUCAUAAUAUUUUAUAUUUAGAGAAAAAGUAUUUCAGAGACUAAGACAAAAUCUAGGAGAAAAGAAUACUGUGGAAUCAAGCUGAGUAAGAAGUCAUGGGAGAAGUCAAGCCUGUGUCAGCCUUCCGCACCAGGGCUGUGGUCCUCACAGACACCUGUAGGGAAGGCCAUGGGCUUCCACCCCCAUCCUAGCCACUGGAAGCUCACCAAAUUCAGGGAGACUGACUACCAACUAUUAGUACCAUCUUUCUCAGUUAAGCCCAUCAGCAGUCUCUGUCAAAACAUCAUGCAUUCAUCAUUAAAACUGUUUUUCAGGCCUUUUUAUUACUGCUUAAUCCAAAUAUGUAUCAUGGGCGAGAUGAAUACAAUGCCUUGAAUAUACUACUUUAAGAAUUUGCAUUAAACAGAUGGGGAUAUUUCUAAAACAACACGUAUAUGCUAUAGCCCUGAAUAUGUAUUUUCUUGAACACAAGGAAGACUGUUCAAUAAAAAAAACUCAUUAGGUCUGUCUUUCGUGUUUUUAAGCUAAAUUAGUAAGUGUUCGGGUGUUUGGGUCCUUUGUACAACUGUUUCCACCUCAAUUACUUUCAGUAAAAUAUAUGGCCUUUGUCCCCCAGAUUCUGGAGGGGCCAUUGCUACAUCCCUGAGCUACCUGGAGUUUUGUUCCCAAUUUUUUAAAUCCUUAAUAAAUCACCCCCCUAGAAGCAUAAGAUAAAGAAAUGAGUUUAAUUUUCCACUUGUGACAAAAAUAAUCUACCCAUUGUUCCAUCAUCCUCUAAAGCUUUUUUUUUUUUUUUGGUACCAGGGAUUGAACUCAGGACCUUGCGCUUGCGAGGCAGCACUACUGAGCUAAAUCCUCAGCCCCAUCCUCUAAAGCUAUCUUGAUGCAUACUCACUCUCAAUCCAUGAAUAUCUAAGUUCCUUAAUAUGGUGAUUCCUAAGUAACUCUUAAACCCAUGCUAGUGUCUCAUGUUCAUAUCUGGUCCCUGUUAAGUACAUUUUAAAUUCUGAUUUUGGAGACUUAAAACCACGUAACUGGUUAAUGGCUAAGACUGGGUAACAUGCUUCUUAUCACUAGAGUGUUUUUGUUUGCAAUGGGGAAUUCUAAGUGUCAAAUCUCUUUCUUACCAAAGUCUUGUGUUAGGUGGUUUCUUGUUUUUCUGGCUAACCAAUCAUUUUGGAAAUAAAGACUUUUUACUACAAAAAUGCAAUUUGUUUGGACUUCCACUUGAAAAAAUUGAAAGAUCACAAAAACUACCAAAGAAUAGCCUAUAACUGUACAUAUUUUGUCAAUGUCAAACCAGUUAUAAUCUAGUUUACACUGAUAUUUUAAGAUAACAAAAGUUCAGAGGUAUAUUUCCCAGACACUUACCUGUCAUCUUGCCAAUGCAUUUUAUUUGAAGAAAAUCUGUUGUAGCAAAUGAGAAUAAAACCUGGGCUUCUCUAGACCCAGAAAUGACAAAAAUUAAAAAGAAUCUGUACUGUU